GUGCGGGUCGAGCGCCGCUUAUAAUCUCGCCGGUCUUCGAGUCUUCAGCAUCUUCGAAUAGAUUUGUGAUUUGUGAACGCGGAAGGUGUUUUGAACAUUUCAUUCCAAGAUAUCCAUAAAAGAUGCGGAUGUGCUCACCGAUGUGGCUGCAGAUGGCGCUGGGACUGGCCCUGCUGGGUGCUGUGUCAUUGCAGCAACUGCAGUCGUUCCCCAAGCUCUGCGAUGUGCAAAACUUCGACGACUUCCUCCGGCAGACGGGCAAGGUGUACUCGGAUGAGGAGCGGGUCUAUCGCGAGAGCAUCUUCGCGGCCAAGAUGUCGCUGAUCACGCUGAGCAACAAGAACGCCGACAACGGUGUGUCCGGAUUCCGGCUGGGCGUCAAUACGCUGGCCGACAUGACCAGGAAGGAGAUAGCCACCUUGCUGGGCUCCAAAGUCUCCGAAUUUGGCGAGAGAUACACGAAUGGUCAUAUCAACUUUGUGACUGCCAGGAAUCCGGCGAGUGCCAAUCUUCCCGAGAUGUUCGAUUGGCGCGAGAGGGGCGGAGUGACGCCACCGGGAUUCCAGGGUGUGGGAUGCGGUGCCUGCUGGUCGUUCGCCACCACGGGAGCGCUCGAGGGUCAUCUAUUCCGGCGGACUGGAGUGCUGGCCUCACUGUCGCAACAGAAUCUGGUGGACUGUGCCGAUGACUACGGCAACAUGGGCUGCGACGGUGGCUUCCAGGAGUACGGUUUCGAGUACAUACGCGAUCACGGUGUAACGCUGGCCAACAAAUAUCCGUACACACAGACGGAGAUGCAGUGCCGCCAGAACGAAACCGCCGGCCGUCCACCGCGCGAGAGUCUGGUGAAGAUUCGCGACUACGCGACCAUUACGCCGGGAGAUGAGGAGAAGAUGAAGGAGGUGAUCGCCACGCUGGGUCCACUGGCGUGCUCCAUGAACGCGGACACCAUUUCGUUUGAGCAGUACAGCGGUGGCAUCUACGAGGACGAGGAGUGCAACCAGGGCGAGCUGAAUCACUCGGUCACCGUGGUGGGCUAUGGAACGGAGAAUGGACGCGACUACUGGAUCAUCAAGAACUCGUACUCGCAGAAUUGGGGCGAGGGCGGCUUCAUGCGCAUCCUCCGGAAUGCAGGUGGAUUCUGCGGCAUCGCCAGCGAGUGCAGCUACCCCAUUCUGUAGGCUCACAACUGCGCCAGGCAGUUAGUUAGAUAGUAUAGUCAAUUAAAAACCACGAAUUUAUAACUUUGUUACUGUAGUCGUAAGCUGAGUGGGUCACCACAUCGAUUCCAUGAGUCACGCGGUUAAUAAAUGAAACAAGUGCCUUA